UGGUGGAACUGUUUAAAAGCAGCCGCGGGUGUUGAGUUUGCCAGAGAGCUCAGGGGAAGAAACCACAGCGCAUCGUCCUGAUUGUCCUCUUCCCAGUGACCAAGAGCUGGAGACCCAGCCGUGACCGUCUGCCUCUGGUACUUCCUUUGGAUUAGACAAUCUUUACCCGUCUAGACUCCCUGCCACCCUGACUGCUGACUUAUAGCAGCCAUGAGGUCCCGGCUUCUGUUGCCUGUACCCCAUUUGCCGACGAUUCGGGAAACUUCAGAAGAGCUAUCACAUGGGGCACCUGGGCAGGAACCCCCAGCCUCGCCCAGCCUGGAUGACUAUGUCAGGUGUAUUUGCCAGCUGGCACAGCCCACCUCAGUGCUGGACACGGUCACAGCCCGGAGCCGUCCCAACAGACCCUGCCGCCCAGCCUGGACCAGAGAGAAAAGAUGCCAGGCGGAGCCUCUAGCAGACAGCUCUCCCUGUUUCAGCAGCCUGCUGCCCACACUGCCUUCUCCCGGCACUGACAACCCUCUGGACUGGCUCUUUGGGAAGUCGCAGGAACAGCAGACAGAUGGAAGAGAUCUACCCAACAGGACCAGUUCUUCAGAGCACUGGGGUGUGCCCAGACAGACGGGCAAGGACACAGGGAGGCUGUGGGAGGCCAGGGUACCUGAGCACCCUCUGGGAAAAAAACCAGGGCAGGGGCACAGGACCUCCGACCUGAAAAGCUGGACUUCUAGAAAGCCCCGCCAGGCCUUAGUGUCCGUCGCCAGCUCCCACCCGGGCAGCAUCCUUGGCACUCUCUAUUCACAUCUCCCAGUGAUCCAUGAACUCUGACCCCUCCCCAGAAAAAAUCUCACAAUAAAGAAUAUGGUGGA